CGGACAGACAGACAGACAGACAGACAGACAGACAGACAGACAGACAGACAGACAGACAGACAGACAGACAGACAGACGCACGCCAUGGCUCCCGCCGCCCUGCAGCCGCCCGAGAUCCAGUUCGCGCAGCGCCUGGCCGCCAACGAGAAGCGCAUCCGCGACCGCGCCGUGAAGAAGCUGCGGGGCUACAUCAGCGUCCGGACCCAGCGCCCGGCCGGUGGCUUCAGCCAGGACGAACUGCUAAAAAUAUGGAAGGGCCUGUUCUACUGUAUGUGGAUGCAGGAUAAACCUCUGCUGCAGGAGGAACUUGCAGGCAAUAUCUCGCAGCUUAUCCAUGUGAUUCAGAAUACAGAGGCUCGACACCUGUUCAUUCAGACAUUUUGGCAAACUAUGAACCGUGAAUGGAAUGGGAUAGACAAUCUGCGUCUGGAUAAGUACUACAUGCUAAUGCGUAUGAUUUUGAGGCAAUCCUUUGAAGUGCUGAAAAGAAAUGAAUGGGAUGAAAGUCUAACUGAAGUAUUCCUGCAGCUACUAAUGAAAGAAGUUAUGGACCCAGUCAGCAAUUCUCCCACUGGGAUAAAGUUACAUUUCAUUGAUAUCUAUCUGGAUGAAUUGGCUAAAGUUGGUGCAAAGGAGCUUACAGCAGACCAGAAUCUCAAGUUCAUUGAACCUUUCUGCAAAAUUGCUGCCAAAUCAAAGGAUCGAUGUGUGCUGCAUGCUGUAGCCACUGGUAUCUUUGAGAUGAUUGUGGAUCAAUCCCCCUAUGCCAUCGAGGACCUAAUGAGAGAAAUGAAAGAACUGGGUAGCAACAGUGAUGAGGAGGAUGAGUCUGAAGAAGAAAAACAGGAAAACGAAGAGGCACUUAAAACCAAAGCAGACAGAUGUUCAUCAAGAAAAUCAACACAGAGCUCUGAAAAAAUAGAGGAUGUUGAUGAAAAUUCCGAUGAUGGUAUUGGGACUGUGCUUCAGUUUGAUUAUAAGGCUGUUGCUGACAAGCUCUUUGAAUUGGCGAGCAAGAAAAACACACCGUCUGUUAACAGAAAGCGCCUGUACAAGCUGGUCAAAAGGUUCCAGGACUUGGCAGAAGGAAUCUUCCCCCAAGAUUUUCCUGAAGAAGUUUCUACAGAUGAAGACGAUGAUGAAUUCAACAGGGGAAGACGAAAGAAAAAAGCUGUCAAGCCUUGGGAGAAAAACAAGUUGGAAAAACUAAAAGAGGAUGAACAAGAGAUGUCAAGUGCAAAGGAGACACCAGUUCCCCAGAAGAAGAGGAAAAAGAGGAAGAAGAGGGACAGCCCACAUGCUGAUUCUGGAACAGCUGAUGGAAAUUGUGAGGAGGGAGAAGCUGAAACAUCUGGAUCUAAUGUUUUUAGCCAGGGCAAGGUGCCAGAAAAUAAUAAGAAAAAGAAGAAAAAUAAAUUGCUAGUAAAUGAGGCAAAUGAGACCACAAAUUUAGCAACUGACACCAGAGAAAACCACAGUAUCUCUGCACAGAACAGUUCAACUGAUGCAGAACAGAGUAAACAGAGUCAGUUGAAAAGAACGAAUCCAAAAGUGCAAAAUGUUCCUGUAAAACCAGCAUCUCAGAAUGGACCAGCUAAUGCCAGUGAGGCAGGGGAUGUCAGCAGAUCUGUCACACCAUCACCUGCUAAGGUUGUGAAAAAGAAACAGAAAGGAGGGGCCGUCUUAGUGAAUGGGGGUACCGUUUUGCAGCAAACUGACAUGAAAUCCAGCAAGGAGGGCUUGCUGGGGACCCUGUCAGGAGGUGCAGACUCUGAAUCUGCACCCUUCAGAAAGGUCAAAUUGAAGACAAAGCCUGUUGGUUUGGAAGGGAUGAAAAUCUCCAGCCAGAAAGCAGCAACCUUGAAAAAGAAGAGAAAACUAAAAGAGGUGCUAAACUCUGUCGAAGGCAACGGAGCUCUGGAGACUGCAUGCAAGAAAAGCAGGAAGGGGGAAAGCAACACUGCCCUAUCACCAUUAAAGAAAAAGAAAGCAAAACCAGGAAGUGACUUUGUAAAAUUUGAAAAAUCAACUUUACCAAAGCCAGUAUUCUUCAGGAAAGCCAGAAGUGCCAUCUCUUCCACCAGGGCAUCUAUGCAGCUGAACAAACUGCAGUCGUCCAGCUCCAAAAAGGUCACGUUUGGCUUGAAUAAAAACAUGACUGCUGAGUUUAAAAAGACUGACAAAAGUAUCCUAGUGAGCCCAGAAGGACCCUCGCGUGUGGCUUUCAAUCCUGAACAGAAACCCCGUCAUGGGGUGCUGAAGUCAUCCACGGGUACCCCAGCAGGAGAGCCUCAAGGGAAGAAACCAUUUUCUGUAUCAACUAAGAAGAGACUAAUGGCUAUGGACUUAUUUUAAACCAACAGAUGUGGCCUACUUUUGUACAGGACAUUUUGUUAACCCAGAAUGUUCUCUGGAGGUGUUUUGAACUUCUUUAUUUUUUUAAGUUAAUACAGAUUGUAUAUACAAAAUUCUGAUUGUGACCUAGGUCAUCACCACUUCAGCUGUAUCUUGAAAUACGCGUUUUAUGUAUUUACAGAAAAGAAACAAAAUCCAAUCUCUGCUCAGGUUUGGUCUAUGGAAAGUAUGGUCUCUGCACAUGUCAUUCUUGAGUGGCUUGUUUAUUUAAUUAAGGAAUGUUCAGGAUGUGAUUGUUCCCAUGAUUUUUUUUGAGCCAGUCUAAGAAAACUGGUGCUUCAUGCUAUUAAAUUGUCUUUCAUUGGACAGUACUUAAAAUGGAAAAAGACAAUGUGGAUUUUAAACCUACUAUGGUUGUUCAUGUCUUUAAAAUUUUGCCCCAUAUUUUUUCCUGUGUCAUCCUUGGUAUCCUGUUAAUUCUUCUGGAAAUAAUAAUUACCUCAUCUCUCUGUUUAAUAACAGCAAGACUUGGGUAGCUUUACAGAUAGCAAGAAAUGCCUAGCUGCUCCAGUGGUCACUGUUGCAAAUAAACCAUCACAACUGGUUGUCUGCUGAGUUGGGAACAGUCACCACAUUAUUUUCAGUAACACAAGUGCCAAAGCUGGCUUACACUUGCCAUGUUGUAAGUUGGCUUAUUCUCUCUAUUGUAACUGAAAUAAUGCUCUUGCAUGGGAGAAACCUUUGAUGUUUCCAGGUCUUUUGCCCACACCCCACUGCUGUCUUUCCUGAAGGUCUGACAAAACUGGAUUUCUUCUUCAGCAGCUGGUGUCACCACAUUUUACCAGAACUCGUAUCUCAUUCAGUGAAUGAACCCCUGAUUGUCCUAAAGUGAGCUAGAUCAGUGUACUGCAUCUUUGGUUAGAACACACAUCUUUCUCUAAAAGCUUUGGUGCCUCUCAGUACAGGGUAAAACCUUACAGCCCAGACAGCUUGAUUUUGGUUUUGACGUAGACAAGAAUUCUUUCUGCACCGUUUCCUUGCAUUAAGUUUUUAUUUGGACAUUUUAUUACUGCUGUGCAUGUUUUGGUUUUGUUUUGCUUCUUUGGUAAAGAAUGAGGUGUUAUUUCUGUGAAAGGGGGAACUGUGAGGAAGGGGAGAGCAAAUUAAAAUAAAAGCUUCUUUGAUAAGGUUGGAAGAUUUGAAAUCUUUCUUUGGAAGUUUUGCUUAUACAAAUGAGGCAAAGGCUUUGCAGCAGAUGUCUAUGUUAAGAGCUCAGCUUCAAAGCACACACCCUGUGCCAGAGCACAGCUAUUCAUGUAACUUCCCACCAGUUACUUCUAUGAUCCUGCAGGAGAGAGGGUAGGCCUGCAUCAUUACCAUGUAUUAUGAUAACUGGUAAACAUUUUGCUACUGCAGCCAGCAAAAUUAAAUUUUGAAUCAUAAUUUGCAUAUUUCAGUACUACUUUUUACGAGUCUUUGAUGCUGACUAUCCUCUGCCAGAAUACUCCCCAUAAGAAACUGGAUUGAAACUGCUCUUUCACAGCUCAUCCAAAAUUUCUUUAAAAUAUUUUUGUACUUGUAGGUUGCUGGUUGGUCUCAGUUGCUCCAUUCCAAUCCGUGCCAGUUCUUGCACUAAGUUUGUGACAAUCCAUGGUUUGUGGUGCUGCCAUGGAAGUAUUAAAAAGUAAUUUUACUCUUUUAUCAUCUGAAGUGAAGGACUGAAUUUCAUUUGGUUUUAUUUUAGUUCGUAUUUGCUUGACUGAUUAGUAAAGAACUCUGGAGAAUACGUCUGAGAAAUUUAAUAUUUGCUGUUUGAGCGAUUAUUGUUCGUUUACUUAAAAACAAAAUCUCAUUGUAUAUUAGCAUAAUGCAUUUUUUGGGCAAAACAAUGGUAAGUAGGAUUUAACAAAGACUGUUCAAUAUGUUUUACUGUUUAUUUUGUACUGUGGGUGAGAAGUCUUUUGUGGAAUAUGCAUAAAAGCAUUUGUAUGUGCAUGGUUGUUUAAUGCAUUAUGUUGAAGAUGCCACAUUCCUCCAAGGAUAUAAAUCAAACAAUUGGUAGGGAGUUCUGCUGUGCACAGAAAAAUCCAGGAUCAGGAUACAUCGGGAUUUGGUUUUACUAUCUGUUACCUAUUAUAGAAAUGUGUGUAAAUGGUUGUCUGGAUCUUUUUUAUUGGUUGUGGAUCCAUUGAACCUGUUACUUGUCCACUUAUUUUGUUGUCCACAGUGCUAAAUGAAGACGGCAGAAGUGGCAGUUUUUAAUUGAGAAUUUUAGUGGUGUGAUUGCUUGUUGGGAUUCAUGCAUAAUCCAUCUGUGCCAUGAAACUGGUGGAAUGUUUUCUAAAUAUACCUAUGUGGUGUGUAUUGUCUUCAGUGGUCUGGAAUUUUAUUCAGGAAAACUUUACAAACAAAACCCACGCAGUGUCAAUGCAGUUUAAUUAGCAUUGUUGGGUUAAAUUGAAUACAUUACCCAAAAUGUUUGAAUAAUUACAAUUCAAAUAAAUAAUGUGGACAAAAACAAAGGAAAAAUAAGUGUAACAUCUAGGAUAUCCACUGCACAGUCACAAUGGUACUAUACAGAGAGAUGUAUCAGUAGGAAAAGAGAACGACUGACCUGUUUGAUUUCACUUCAUAGAUAUUUUUCAUAGUGUUAUUCCAACUUUACAGCUGCCAAUCAUUCUGUGAGUCAGAGUAAGUGUAUGUGGCAUACCUUUUAAGGGACAGUAUUUUGUAAUUAUGGUCUUUACAUAUUUUUUACAAAUCUGAUCAGCUUUGGGUUUCCCAAGCUUCAGUGCUUUAUAAUUCGUUAUAGCUUCAAGAGAACUCAAAAGCACAACAUUAAUUCAGCAAGGCAAAAAGUUGAAAUUAUUUUUAAAUUAUUUGGUAUGCAAGAUCUCUUAUGGUCUGUCAAAUCUAUGUGACUUGCAAAGCAUCAAGUGCCCUUUUUGUCCUGUAUUUCCUGUGCUUAGACUUAAUUACAGGCAGAAAAAAUAUCCAUGUGUUAUUUUAUUUACCUCUGCAACAGCAUUGUAAUUACAAAUACAGUGUCUUAAGAAUUAUAUCAUUUAGUCCAGUCCAAUAAAACUUUUUUUUUUUUUGGUGGA